AUGUCGAUCGCCGAUAAUACCUUUUCGAUGUCGAACAUGUACGAUGCUUUACCACAUAUCCGUUUCUCUAGAGGAAUCUCCGGCUCCUCCAUUCCUCCUCCUGGCUUCAUCCCACGCGCCUCCGACACGCGCUUAAACCCGCUGUUCAACCUAAUGACUAGCGGCGAAGGUGUGGCCCUCUUCAAAGACAUGAUCUCGAAGCUAGACCGAAGACAGCUUCACACGAUGGCCUCGCUGCUGACGUCAGACUCCGAUUACUUCACGGAGGUUGUCAGGAACAAGCACGGGUCGAGACGCGUGCAGAAGCUCCUCGGGAUAUCAGACGACGUGGACGCGCUCUUCCACGCCGCGAUCUUGCGCCGUUUCCUCCACGUCAUGACCGACAAGUACGCGUCCUACGUGGCGAGACGAGCCAUGGCCGUGUUCGACCAGACGAAGAAAUACGCGAUGUACGAGCACAUUCUCCACCACGCGCUCGACAUAGCGCGUGAUCAACACGGCUGCAUCGCGCUCAACGAGAUCAUAACCGACGCGGACGAUCCUUUCUACAGGAACCAGAUGCUAGACGUGGUCGCGAUCAACGCUCUCUGCCUAAGCAACGAUGCUUCGGGGAACUUCGUGGUCCAACACGUGCUUAAACUGUAUGACUUGCGUUGCACGCAUAACAUUGCAGCUAAUCUCCGAGGCCAUUGCUUUGAGCUGUCGUUUAAAAAGUAUGGGAGCUACAUCGUUGAGAAGCUUCUGGAGGCGGAGGGUUCGAUGGCAGUUGUGGUGGAGGAGCUCUUGGAGUGCGAGGGAGAGAGGUUGAUGAGGCUGGCGAGGAAUGAGUUUGGGAGUUUCGUGGUGGUCAAGGCACUGAGAGUCACGCAGACGAAUAGGAUCGAUCUGUUUUGGGAUUUGGUGCAGAAGCUGAUGCCUUUUCUCCAUCUCUUACGUAGGUCUCACGGAAGUAGCAUUGCAAACAUCUUGGAGGCAUGUUCUAUAGCUACAAGAUGA